AGUGAAGCCUUUUGGGCGGGGCCUAGGCCGAGCAGCUCCAGAGGCUGCGAUUUCACAUCGGAAACAAAACAGCGGCUGCUCGGGAAGGAGCCUCCCCUGCCAGGGGCCGGUGUCGGCGGCGAGGGAAGAGUAGACCUGGUCCGGGAGCCUGCAAAUGACAGCAGCCUGAGAGGUCCUGAGAAAGCUUGGCUUGGAGGAGAACACAUGAAAGAAAGAACCCCAAGAGGUUUUGUUUUCUGUGAAAAAGUAUUUCUAUACGCUUGCUCCAAUGACAGAGUUACCUGCACCUUUGUCUUACUUCCAGAAUGCACAGAUGUCCGAGGACAACCACCUGAGCAAUACUGUACGUAGCCAGAAUGACAGUAGAGAACGGCUUGAGCAUAGCAGUGAAAGGCGGAGGCGUGGCAACCCUGAGCUAUCUAAUGGACGACCCCAGGGUAACUCACGGCAGGUGGUGGAACAAGAUGAAGAAGAAGAUGAAGAGCUGACGUUGAAAUAUGGCGCCAAACAUGUGAUCAUGCUCUUUGUCCCGGUGACCCUCUGUAUGGUGGUGGUCGUGGCUACCAUCAAAUCAGUCAGCUUCUAUACCCGGAAGGAUGGACAGCUAAUCUAUACCCCAUUCACAGAAGACACCGAGACCGUGGGGCAGAGAGCCCUACACUCAAUUCUGAAUGCUGCUAUCAUGAUCAGCGUCAUUGUUGUCAUGACUAUUCUCCUGGUGGUUCUGUAUAAAUACAGGUGCUAUAAGGUCAUCCAUGCCUGGCUUAUUAUUUCAUCUCUGUUGUUGCUGUUCUUUUUCUCAUUCAUUUACUUGGGGGAAGUGUUUAAAACCUACAAUGUUGCCAUGGACUACAUUACUGUUGCACUCCUGAUCUGGAAUUUUGGUGUGGUGGGAAUGAUUGCCAUUCACUGGAAAGGGCCGCUGCGACUCCAGCAGGCAUAUCUCAUUAUGAUCAGUGCCCUCAUGGCCUUGGUAUUUAUCAAGUACCUCCCAGAGUGGACAGCAUGGCUCAUCUUGGCUGUGAUUUCAGUAUAUGAUUUAGUGGCUGUUUUGUGUCCAAAAGGCCCACUUCGUAUGCUGGUUGAAACAGCUCAGGAAAGAAAUGAAACUCUCUUUCCAGCUCUCAUUUACUCCUCAACAAUGGUGUGGUUGGUGAAUAUGGCAGAAGGAGACCCAGAAGCCCAAAGGAAGGUAUCCAAAAACUCCAAUUGUAAUGCACAAAGCACAGAAGGUGAGUCCCAAGACCCUGUGACAGAGAGCGAUGAUGGUGGCUUCAGUGAAGAGUGGGAAGCCCAGAGGGACAACCGCCUAGGGCCUCAUCACUCCACGACUGAGUCACGAGCUGCUGUGCAGGAACUUUCCAGCAGCAUCCUAGCCAGUGAGGACCCAGAAGAAAGGGGAGUAAAACUUGGAUUAGGAGACUUCAUUUUCUACAGUGUUCUGGUUGGUAAAGCUUCUGCAACAGCCAGUGGAGACUGGAACACAACCAUAGCCUGUUUUGUAGCCAUAUUAAUUGGUCUGUGCCUUACAUUAUUACUCCUCGCCAUUUUCAAGAAAGCUCUGCCAGCUCUUCCGAUCUCUAUCACCUUUGGGCUUGUUUUCUACUUUGCCACAGAUUAUCUUGUACAGCCCUUUAUGGACCAGUUAGCAUUCCAUCAAUUUUAUAUAUAGUAUAUUUGCAAUUAGAAUCCCAUGGAUUUUUCUCCUUUGACUAUAAUUCAACCUGGGGAGGACAAAGAUGAUUUUACUGUGUCCACAUCUAACAAAGGCAAGAUUCCCAGCUGGACUUUUGCAGCUUCCUUCCAAGUCUUCCUGACCACCUGUACCAUUGGGCACUGGAAGAAGAUGUCUACAGAAAAUGGUUUUGAACACACGUCAUCGUGACGGACUGAGUCCCUCGGUGCAAAAACUACCAGAUUUGAGGGACAAGGAUGAGGAGGAGGGACGGACCAAGAAGUUGCUGUGCUCCCACCAGCAAUUUGACCCUUGGUCACAGGUGGAUUUUACCAACACUGCAGACUCUCAGGACUCCCAUUACCGAGAAGUUAAAUGACACGGUUUAAACCAAACAGGACUCUUCAUCUUAAACUACAUGUUGAAGAUCAACCUAAUAAACCUGUAUUGAACUCUGAACCUUUUCAGGAGGUACUGUAAGGAGAGCAGGCACCAGCAGCAACACGAAAAGGUUUUUGAAAAGGGGCUCUAACUUUCACUUUCAAACCUUUCUGCUGCAGACUUAUCAUUUUUAAAUAAGACUUUUUUUUUUUCACCUUGAGUCAAGUCAGAUAUGUAGGUUGAUUUUGAAAAUUUUUGUUUUCAAGCACUGAAACUCAUCUAUGGUUGCAUUUCUUCCCAUGGCCAGUCUGAACUUACUUGCUUUAUCCUAAAAGUCUUAACCUCAGGUUCCAAAUUCAGUAAUUUCUGGAAAGAAUGGAACUAUAUCUAAACGGUUUCCUGUCAGCCUUAGGUGAAUUCUGGGUUUUCCACCAAAUUCUUUAUUUUUAGACAUACUUGUAGGUUUACUUGCCCUGGAUGCUUCCAUUGUUCCCAUCUCUCCCUGACUCCCCAUAAGCAUUCUCUUCUACAGCAAAUGAGACAGCUCUGUUGUGGUAGCAGAUGAUCCGGUUAUUCUAGGAUUUUACUCUUUGUGUGGUGCAAAGAAUGUGUUAAUGAAUCAGUGCUGUCAGCCUCACUGUCAUAAUUUCUUCAGUAGCAAAUACAAUGUGUGCCCAAAGACAGUAGAAUUAAAGAAGAGUAAAAUGGCUGGUGAAGCA